UCCAUGACCCAAACCAAAUAAAUCCCUCCCCUCCCUCUCGUUCCCCAAAGCAAGAAGUGCUUGCUAGCUAUUAGCCUCUGACCCCAAGGUCCACAACACACCAAACAUGAAAAACAUGUCAGCCUCUCGAGCACUACUUCUCUUGGUGGUGGCGAUGCUACUACAUCUUGUAACAUGUACCACCACCACCACCACCACCACCACCACAUCGACCGCCACCACUCAUCAUAACACCAUCACCAAAGCCAAAACCAAAACUAGUUCGUACCCUGAUUUUCAAUUAUUGAACGUGAAACAAGCAAUAACAGAAACAAAGAUUAGGCCUCUAAAACCAUCCCUGUAUCAAGAACUAUCCAUGAAUAUUCCAAACGAUAGUGGAAGUGAGGGAAAGCAGAAACUGAAACUUGUCCACAGAGACAAGGUAUCCUUCAACAACAAGUUUCACAAUCAUAGCCACGUUUUUCAUGCACGCAUGCAAAGAGACGUGAAGAGGGUGGUUAGCCUUAUCCGCCGCGUUUCAAGUGGCAGUACCGCCAGCUAUGGGGUGGAGGAUUUUGGGUCGGAGGUGGUGUCAGGCAUGGACCAAGGUAGUGGGGAAUAUUUUGUUAGAAUAGGAGUUGGAAGUCCACCAAGAAGUCAAUACAUGGUCAUUGAUUCAGGUAGUGAUAUUGUAUGGGUUCAAUGUAAACCUUGCACCCAAUGUUAUCAUCAAACCGACCCGCUGUUUGACCCGGCGGACUCAGCUUCUUUUAUGGGGGUGUCUUGUAGCUCUGCGGUUUGUGACCAGGUUGAUAAUGCGGGUUGUAAUUCGGGUCGAUGUCGCUACGAGGUGUCAUAUGGUGAUGGGUCGUCCACAAAAGGGACUCUUGCCCUCGAAACACUUACAUUGGGAAGAACCGUGGUUCAAAAUGUGGCUAUCGGAUGCGGGCAUAUGAACCAAGGCAUGUUUGUUGGUGCUGCCGGGUUACUGGGUCUUGGAGGAGGAUCCAUGUCAUUUGUGGGUCAAUUGAGUAGGGAAAGGGGGAAUGCAUUUAGUUAUUGUUUAGUGAGUAGGGUGACUAAUUCAAAUGGAUUUCUGGAAUUCGGGUCUGAAGCAAUGCCCGUGGGAGCUGCCUGGAUUCCUUUGAUCCGAAACCCACAUUCACCGAGCUAUUACUAUAUCGGGCUUUCAGGUCUUGGAGUUGGAGAUAUGAAGGUGCCAAUAUCAGAAGACAUAUUCGAAUUAACCGAGCUGGGAAAUGGAGGUGUUGUUAUGGACACCGGGACGGCUGUGACUCGGUUUCCUACGGUGGCUUACGAGGCAUUUCGUGAUGCUUUCAUAGACCAAACCGGAAACCUCCCCCGGGCUUCUGGAGUAUCCAUAUUUGAUACUUGUUAUAACUUAUUCGGGUUUUUGUCGGUCCGGGUACCAACCGUCUCAUUUUACUUCUCAGGUGGGCCAAUUCUAACCCUUCCAGCAAAUAACUUUUUAAUCCCAGUAGACGAUGCAGGGACCUUUUGUUUUGCAUUUGCUCCUUCCCCUUCAGGACUUUCCAUCCUCGGAAACAUUCAACAAGAAGGGAUUCAAAUCUCCGUCGAUGGAGCUAAUGAGUUUGUAGGUUUUGGCCCCAAUGUUUGCUGAGUAGGAAUUUUGCUAGUCUUUAACUAGUUACAAAAAUAUUUGUUAUAUGUUCGUAGUAUUAAUUAGUACACACAUCUGGAUAUAUGUAUUAAUAUCCUGUGAUAUUUGUCCUAUUAGUAGAGCAGUAUUAUGUAUACGCUGUGCUUUUCUCCCUGUCAAGCGUGCGUGUACAUGAUUCAAUAAAGAUUAAGCAAAAGAGUGUUUACUAGUCA